AUGGAUAUGGAGGUUGUUGAUGCAUUAUGCAAGGUUGUAUCUGCAUCACCUAUGAAAGCAGCUACGGCAGUUGUUCUUCAGGCGGAGAAGGAAUUGCAGCCAUGGAUUGCCAAAGAUGACAAUCUUGGUCAGAAGAUGUGGAGAAUCAAUCAGAGGAUUGUAAAAGUGAUAAUUGAAAUAAUGAGGAAUCAUGACAGUUUAGAAUCAUUAGUAGUUGUGGCAAGUGCAUCAGAUUUACUACUACGAGCUACAGACGGAAUGCUAGUGGAUGGAGACGCUUAUACUUUACCCCAGUUGAAGCUAUUGGAAGCAACGGCUAAAGCGGUUCAGCCUGUGAUUGAGUUGGGAGAAUCUGGACUUGCAGUGGCAGAUGGCCUUUCAAACCUGUUAAAGUGUCGCCUACCAGCUACAAUCAGAUGCCUUUCUCAUCCUAGUGCACAUGUCCGUGCUCUCAGCACUUCAGUUCUUCGUGACAUUUUGCAUACUAGUUCAAUUAGAUCGAGUCCUAAGCGACCACAAAACAAUGGCAUCCAUAAUCAGCACUUCAAUUUGGAUGUCAUUGACUGGGGAGCUGACAUAGAAAAAUGCUUGACAUGGGAAGCACACAGCCGUCUUUCAAAUGGGUUGUCUAUUGAAUUUCUUAACACAGCUGCGAGGGAUUUAGGCUUUGCAAUUUCUAUCUGA